AUGGAGACUUUUGUCUUCCUCUGGCUACUCCUCAUGUUCUUCACACACUUGGCCUCAUCUCUAACUCAAGACUUCUCUUUCAUUGGCUUCAAAAAAGCCACUCCAAAUCUAAUCAUGUCAGGAGUAACAGAGAUAGCCAACACUGGAGCCAUCAGGCUCACAACAGAUACAAGCCGCGUCAUUGGUCACGCAUUCUACUCUUUACCAAUCCGAUUCAAGCCAACCGGUAUAAACCGAGCUCUUUCUUUCUCCACCACUUUUGUAAUCGCCAUGGUUCCAGAGUACGUCACGCUUGGAGGUCAUGGACUUGCCUUCUCCAUCACUCCAAGUCCAAAUCUCCAAGGCUCUCUUUCUAGCCAGUACUUAGGGCUAUUGAACUCGAGCCGAGCUAAUAUCUCUAGCAACUUCUUCGCUGUGGAGUUUGAUACGGUUAAGGAUUUGGAGUUUGAAGACAUCAACGAUAACCAUGUCGGAAUCGAUAUAAACAGUUUGGAAUCAAGUAUUUCAACUCCAGCUGCUUAUUUUCUCCCCAACUCAACCAAGAAAGAGCUUUUCCUCGACAGUGGUAGAGUGAUACAAGCUUGGAUUGAUUAUGAUUCAGACAAGAAGAGGUUAGAUGUUAAGAUUUCUCCACUCUCUGAGAAACCAAAAUUGUCUCUUCUCUCUUACAAUGUAGAUCUCUCCCCUGUCUUUGGAGAUGAAAUGUAUGUUGGAUUCUCUGCUUCGACCGGUUUGCUAGCUAGCUCUCAUUACAUCUUAGGUUGGAACUUUAACAUGAGUGGCGAAGCUUUGUCUCUGUCUCUACCAUCUCUCCCUAGGGUUCCACGUCCACUCAAGAAGAAGAAGAGCCCUGGCUUGAUCCUAGGAGUAUCUCUCUCGUGUUCCCUUUUGAUCAUCGCGGUUAUUGCCGUAGCAGUUAUGUUUGGUAUUAAAAAGGCCAAAGAUGAAGACAGAGUUGAAGAGUGGGAGCUCGACUUUGGUCCGCAUAGAUUCUCUUAUAGAGAGCUGAAGAAAGCUACAAAUGGUUUUGGGGACAAGGAGCUUCUAGGGUCUGGUGGAUUCGGGAAAGUAUACAAAGGAAAGCUUCCAGAUUCGGAAGAGUGGCAAAGUGGUGACAUUAGAGAUGUUGUGGACAGGAGAUUGAACGGUGAGUAUGAUGAAGAUGAAGUGGUGAUGGUUAUCAAACUAGGGCUUCUUUGUUCGAACAAUUCACCUGAGGUGAGACCUACGAUGAGACAAGUGGUUAUGUAUCUCGAGAAGCAGUUCCCGUCGCCGGAAGUUGUUCCAGCGCCGGAUUUUUUAGAUGCAAAUGAUAGUAUGUGUCUUGAUGAUGCAAGUGGUGGUAAUGCUGGCGAGUUUGAGGACUUUGUGGAUUCAGCUAGGUUUUAUAGUGGACCUAAUCAGACUAGUACUUCUUCGUCUAUAUUCUCAUUCGCAGGUAAAACGAAAACCGAUGGGAGAUGA